AAAGUUUGGGCUCGGCUUUGGAAAAGGUUAGAAGCGCUUUGGAACAAAGUUCGGGACUUGGGAAAGGUUUGGGUGGAAAAAGUUUGAGGCCUUGGGCAAAGUUUGGGAUUUGGGAAGGGUUUGGGCUUUUGGCAAAAGUUUUGGGUUUGGCAAAAAGUUUGGGUUUUGGGAAGCGUUUGAGCUUUUGGGGAAGGUUUCUCGUGGCCUUUGGAAAAAGUUUGGGCUUUGGCAAAAAGUUUGGGCUUUGGCAGAAAGUUUGGGGUUUUGGACAAAUUUUGGCUUUGGCUAAUGAAGCGAGAACCUGGAGGACAGUCUCAGAUAUUACUAAAGCGUGUAAGCAUACUUCAGUAGUUCAAACUCAAACGCAGAGGCUCAAAAAUUCAACACGACAACAAGGUAGACGCCGACAUGGCAACACAUCCCCAGUGGUAGAGGCUAUUCUGACACUCGCAACUCGCGGACAACUACUUAGAAGAGGCAAGAACAAUAAGGCAACUUGAUGCUGCGCAAAUCUCUUCCAGUAGUUCUUUCUCGGCCUCAAGAGGACUACUGGAGCUGCUUAGUUUUUUUUUUCAUUUCAGUAACUACACAAGACCACUAGAAGAAGGCAAAGGCACUAAUGCAACCGCUAAAUAUUCUUGAAUGGUAGUAGAUGACGUCUAUGAAGAAGUCAUGACUAGUAUAUCCGAGUAGCAGGCGUAUAUUUCGUAUCCGAUAACUCUUGAGUAAUAGGAGUCGACACGAAUAGAAGACAGCACCUAUAUCCAAUGGCUAUUCAACCGAUUACAAUACGCAGCGAACAUCGUAAUAACAAGACGUAAGAGCAGAAGUAGAACAUUCAAAACCAUUUCGAGGACUAGAGCGAAUAUCAAGAAAGAGUUAAAUUCAAUUGCGUAUUCAUUGAGUAGUACUAGUAGAGGACGGGCAUUCAUUGAGUAGCAUUUGUUUUUCUAUUAGAACAGUCAAAAAGCGACAAAUAAGUUGAAUCAUGAAAGUAGAACGAGAAUGAUCUUCACCAGAUGAGCCGUCCUCUAGUUGUCAGUCACCGUGUAGAAGUCCAUGAAAAUUGGAAAAAA